AUGUCUGCAGUUAGCGCACACCUCAUGCGUCGAGGCAUGGAAUAUGCCUCGACCAAACUCCAGGAAUCUAAGCCUGAUGAGGAACAGACUCCAGGUGGUCUGGUUGCUAUUUUCUUCCUCACUCUCAUCCUUAUCGUACCGACCAUUGCAGCUGUAAGUCUAGGAGACGAUAAUUUGAAUAGCCGACGAAAAAUGCAUUUCGCUAAUCCAGGAAACCAGAUCGACUACACAUACGGCUCUGUUGUCGCAACUCUCGCAACAGUUGAAGAUCCCAACCCGGAUAUCUACGUUCGCAUCGAUAACAACGAUGACCCUACUAAGCCAUACGAUCCCAACGACCCCGAGCCCGUUGAGAAUGCCCGACCCAAGCCUAUCACCAGCGGGUUGCGUACGACUAUCAAGCAUCUUCGUUCCCGAGCUGGUUUCUGGUCUCGCUUCCGUGGUUUCAGCAUGUACAUGUCUUGGACAUGUGUCCGUGGCUUCCUUACAGGCCUUGUUCCUAUCCCAACCGGCUCAUUCAUUGGCCAGUUCUUCGCCCAGUCUUUCAUUGGUGUGCUCUUGUGUACCUGGCAAAUGGCCUGGGUUCAUAUCGUCAUCACCGAGCCCUCCCCUAAGCGUUUCUACCAACGUAUCCCCAGCUACCGCACCUGGAUCAAGAUCGCUCCCGCCGCUGUCCUGGAAGAUGUCCUUACUGCUGCUGCCUUCUUCUUGCCCAUGGCUCUCGCUAAGUUCUCAGGUGCUUUCUACCUUAGCUCUAGUCCCGAGGAUAAUAUGAAGGAUAUCUGUCGCUGGGUCGGUGUUACUAUAAUUCCCGCUCUGCUCGCUUAUCUGCUCACCAUUCCUGCCCGUGUGAUCUUUGUUCGUGUUGCGGCAUCUAUGCUUCCUGAGGAAGACGAGACUAUUGUUCCCUUUGAUCGCUCCUUCGGUGGUAAGGUCCAGCCUGAGAUUGUGGGUGGAAGUGGUAGAAUUGGUCUGAUGGAGGCUUGGACCACUUUUGAAUGGUCUAGUCGUGUGCGUCUGGUUAAGGUCUUGGCUAAGACUUUUGCUAUGGUGGUUGCUGUGGGUGCCUUUGCUGGGAUUGUUCUUGGUGUUCAGCUGUUCAUUAUGAUGCCCAAGAACGGUGGCCAGUAA